UGGAGCGGAGAUAAUACGAUGCGGUUAGCAUUUGGGCUGGGCCGAGCCUCACCAGGAGGCCCAUUAACGAUGCAAUUUGCUGUCCUUCAUUCUUUUUCGGUGCCUCCUUCCUCUUCUCCUCCGUCGCCGGAGAAAAGUCCCAUGUCGAGGGCGGCGGCGGCGAGAAAGCUCGCUGGAAUCUCUCAGCUGCGCGCUCCACCAGCCUCGACCGGUGGUCUUCUCUACCGCUCCUAUGGAGGCGGCUCCAGCGGAAGCCGAAAGGGAUCGCUGCCUCGGAGGGUCUUGUCGAUCGGGGCCAUCAGCCUGGCUGGGGGGCUCGUGCUCAGCGCCGUCAACGACCUCGCCAUCUUCCAUGGAUGCACAACGAGCAAAAGGUGUGAUUUCUUUCCGCAUCAAAAUGGGAUGGGGAUGGGCACGGCAAAGUUCGGACAAUUUCCCCAAAAUAAGGCAAUUGAGAAGGCUGCUGACAACCAAAAGGUUAUCGAGGCAAUUGGGGUGCCUCUAGUUAGAGGACCGUGGUAUGAAGCAUCUCUUGAGGUGGGCCACCGACGCAGAUCUGUUUCAUGCGCAUUCCCUGUAUCUGGGCCACAUGGGUCAGGCUUUUUCCAAAUUGAGGCAACCCGAAAUGGAGAGGAUGGUCUGCUUUCCUUUUUGCGGCAUCAUGACUGGGAGAUUAUUACCUUGGAGGCUCAUCUGCAUGUACCAUCAGAUGAUGAGCAGCAGAAGACGAUAGUGAAGCUGAAUCUUGAAAGCAAUGGCGGUGGGCAAUGUGGGGAGCCUGAGAGGGAGAGUUAGGUUGCCAUAUUCUCAUAUCAGGCACUUGAUAUGCUAGUGCUGCUUUUCAAAGAUCUGGUCAUUGAUCAAUCUAUGUGCUUGGUAUGUACUGAAUUUGGUAGUUGGCUGAUAGUGUGUUUUCUGAAGGUGGAUUCAUCCAAGGUAGUAUGUAUAUUAACUGAAAUGGCCCAAAAGAGAAGAGAUGCAGUUGUUUU